ACAUCUUAACUUCUAAUCCUAUGUAAUAGUACGAAAACCCACUAUUGUAUAUGUCAUAUAACUCGGGUAUAAUAAGUGUACGACAAUAAAUAUUAUAUUCUUUCCCUGGAUUCGAUUAUCAGUCAUGUUCGAUUCUCUAAUGCGUCUCGAGACUGCACCAGAAACACUCGCGCCUGGGGCUCUAGCUCUUGGUCUCCUUCUUCUCUGGUACUUAUGGCCUCCAUCGCGGCCCACUCAGAUCCCACCGACACAAGAGAGAGUCCUCAUAUUGGGUUCAACGAGCGGAGUGGGUCGUACCCUUGCUCGUCAGUACGCCAAGAGAGGUGCACGAAUAUGCCUGGUAGGACGGAGGCAGACAAUGCUUGAGGAGGCCGCUGAGGAAUGCAGGAUGUUAUGCGAAGGCGAUCGCGUGUUGUGUGUGCGCGGGGAUUGCGCAAGUGUGGAGGACAUGACGAAGGUGCGUGACGCGGUGAUCAAAGAGUGGGGUGGCAUCGACACCCUUAUAAUCACGGCUGGUGUUUCUGCCCUUCAACCAUUGAUGGCCGUCGCUGGAGUGACCGCUUCCAAGGACGGUCUCUCUCCGCUGCAUGCCAGUGCAGAAGCCAUUAACCACGCGGUUGGUGUAGCCAAGGCAGCCAUCGAUGGUAAUUUCUUCGGUCCGUACAUUGCCGCGAUCACAUUUAUACCUCUCCUCACGUCCUGCUCCACGUCACCGUCUAUCCUUCUCCUUUCAAGUGUGGCAGCAAUCAUUCCUGCGCCAACGCGCACCCUCUACGCUUCCACUAAAGCAGCUUCCUUGAUACUCUUUCAGGCGCUCGCAAUCGAGCACCCCCGUAUAUCGUUCAUGUCCUUCCUUCCUGCAACAAUCGAGGGAGACUUCCGCGCGUCCGCGGUCGAUACACCGCCCAACUCUUCCCCCGUCAUACACGAGGCUGACCCGAACAAACACGGCUUGCGACGAGAAGUAGUGGCGAGACGCUGUAUCCAGGCCAUCGACCGUAAAGAGAAGACAGUCUUUAUGCCCCAGUACAUGCGGUUUGGACAUGUUUUGUAUUGGAUCUGGCCAGCAUAUGUGGAAUGGAGGGGAAGGGUGAAGUAUAACUUUAGAGCCGACUAGGGAGGAUCCAUCAGAGUCUUCCUUCGGAUGGAAGCCACACUCAGAUCCGGUUUACCCUAGAGCCUAGAGGCUAGGCUAUUAUGGCUUAACCAAGUAUCCACCCCGUCAUGGCUUGUGCAUUUGUUACAUGACCAGCGUGGUUUGUAUGCAUGAUGUUCGUGAUCUCUGCCGGUGACCAGGGAUCUCUGUUCACUGUUCAUUAUGCAUCAUGGUUGCAUUUUGCAGGGAGCCGGAUAGCACUGUGCUACGUGAUUUAUGGCUACUAGACUCGGAAAUGAUUUUGUAUUCCUGAUACUG